GCUUCCGAGUGUAGUGCCGGUUAGUUGUGCCGUACUUCGGCAAUUCGCCUACAAAGAAGUUAAAUAAAAUACUUUUGUAGUGACUGAAUAUUUAAAAAGUGUUCAUUCCAAAAACGUUUACCAAAGUGUACACACAUAUAAAUAUAUUAGAAAAUAGUACAAUCGUUGUUUAUUUAUACUUUGAAGUAACUGGUUCAUUGUUGAAAGCGUGCAAUUUUUUCAUUUCACGUCGCGAGACUGAUUCAUAUGCAUUUCUUUUUUUUGUCGUGAGUUUCUUACACAUCACACAUACAUACGCCCUAUAUUGUGAUUUUUAUCGCUUUGUCAGACUGACGUAUUAAUAUUACAAAAACAAAGUACAAACGAAGUAAUAAAUAAAAAACAAAACUGGUGUCGGUGACGCGCAAUAAUUGCUGAAUUGGCUUGAAUUGUAAAUAAAAGCUAAUAUUGUGCUUAAAGUAUAUGGAAUUUAAGUAGUGAAUUUGUGAAAUAUUGUAUAUAGAGCAAAAUAAAUAUUAUUUAAUUGAGCAGAAUUGACAGAAGUGUUGGAAAACACAGAAAAAGUUUUGACGCUUAAGGAUCAACAUUUCUAAAUACUCAACUGAUACAUUACACCGCACUGCAUUUACUGCCUCGGUUCAUACCACAAUCCUAUAUUAAAUAGAGAUUAGCAAAAAGUUGCUGUACGCAAUGGAUGCGUCCAGCAGUAACGCGAAGGUUACCAAUUGGGAGAAGUUUAAAUUGUUAUUAUGGAAAAACUGGACACUACAAUGGAAUCACAAACUAGAACUGGGCAUAGAGUUGGUCUUACCAGCCGUUUUUUCACUGCUGCUGGUGCUGGUGCGAGUGCUGGUGGAGGUGGAUACAAUGGGUGUGACCACCUAUCCGCCGUUAAAUAUUUCUAAUUUAGACAUUUUCGAAGAUGAAUUAGCAAACGCUCGAAGAUUGAAAAAACUUAUGGGUUUAUACAAAGGGGACAGUGAUGCAUUUGGGAGAGUUAAUACGAUCACUUACAAACUGGCCUUCUCGCCCAAUAACACAUUUUUGGAGGCUAUAAUUACAGAGGCUGCAGAAAGUUUGAAUCUAGAAGGUUAUGUAGUGUAUCCGAAUGCGAGUGCUUUGGAAACUUCAUUUACCACAAACAACUAUUUGGCUGGUGUUCAGUUUGACGACUCUCUACGGAACAUCACCGAUUAUCCGCGUAAUUUUGAGUUUUCUCUACGUUUCCCAAGUGAAUUACGUACAGCGACGCGCACCUUGGGCUGGACUUGGUUGACUUCGAAGCUAUUUCCGCUUAUUGAUUUGGCGGGUCCAAGAAAUUCCGAGGAUUACGAUGGCGGUCUGCCGGUGGGUUAUCUAAGAGAAGGGUUUCUGCCGGUACAACAAGCACUAUCAAUGGCCUACUUGAAGUUGGCUGGCAAUAAGGAGACUUUGCCCUAUAUUGAAAUGCAACGUUAUCCCUAUCCGGAUUAUAUUAGUGAUCCAUUAAUCCAGGCUUUGGAGACGAUAUUGUCUUUGAUUGUUGUUUUGAGCUUCAUUUAUCCGUGCACGUCAAUAACGAAGAGCAUUACCGUUGAAAAGGAGCGACAGUUGAAAGAAGUGAUGAAAAUUAUGGGUUUGGACAACUGGCUACACUGGACAGCUUGGUUCAUAAAGUCGUUUUUCAUGUUGGGCAUAUCCUCCGUGCUAAUCGUAGUUUUGAUUAAGAUUAAAUGGUUCGAAGGAGUUUCUGUGCUCACGUUUAGCCACUGGUCCAUACUGUUAGUGUUCUUACUUAUCUACACCAUAGCCAGUAUUUGUUUUUGCUUCAUGAUGGCGACCUUUUUCUCAAGCGCCAGCACAGCAGCCGCCGUUACUGGCUUAGUUUGGUUUAUUACCUAUUUGCCUUUGUCGUUUACGGUAAAAACCUACGAAACAAUGUCGCUGGGCUCGAAAUUGGGCUGGUGUUUGAUCUCUAAUACCGCCAUGGGUUUCGGUUUCAAAGAAAUACUUGGCUUCGAAGGCAAUGGCGAGGGUUUACAAUGGAACAAUUUGUUUAAAACCGUUUCUGUGGACUCGAAUCUUACUGUCGGCGCAAUCAUGUUGAUGAUGUUGCUCUCCUCCGUUAUCUAUAUGCUUAUUUGUUUGUAUGUGGAGCAAAUUAUGCCUGGCGACUUUGGUGUGCCUAAGAAGUGGAACUUUCCGUUCACCGUCAGCUAUUGGUGCGGUCAAAAGGAAUAUGUUGGUAUUGAGGAUAUGUCGAAUGGUUCGAUGGAGUUUAAAAAUCCAGAUGCCUUUGAGGCCGAACCAGCUGGCAAACAUGUGGGCUUACAAGUGAAAAAUCUCAAAAAACGUUUCGGCGACAAAUACGCCGUCAAAGGCUUGUCGGUGAAUAUGUACGAAGAUGAGAUAACAGUGCUGUUAGGGCAUAACGGUGCUGGUAAAACAACGACAAUUUCUAUGCUGACCGGUAUGUUCCCACCAACGGCUGGCACAGCGAUAAUCAAUGGCAGCGAUAUACGCACCAAUAUUGAGGCCGCGCGCAUGUCACUGGGCAUUUGUCCACAGCAUAAUGUGCUGUUCGAUGAUUUGAGCGUGGCGAAUCACAUAGUGUUCUUUAGCCGAUUGAAAGGUCUGCGUGGGGACGAAAUUCAGGAAGAGAUAGAUAAGUACCUGCGCAUGAUCGAGUUGGAGGAUAAAGCGAAUGUGGCGUCUUCGAAACUGUCUGGUGGCAUGAAGCGUAAGUUAUCGGUUUGUUGUGCGCUAUGUGGCGGCACAAAAGUGGUGCUUUGCGAUGAGCCAAGUUCGGGUAUGGACCCAGCAGCCAGACGUCAGUUGUGGGAUCUAUUGCAGGCGGAGAAAGUCGGGCGCACACUACUACUAACCACACACUUUAUGGAUGAAGCCGACGUACUGGGCGAUCGCAUUGCGAUAAUGUCUGAUGGAGAGCUGAAGUGUCAUGGCACAUCGUUCUUCUUGAAGAAGAAAUAUGGCUCUGGCUAUAGGCUAAUUUGCGUUAAACGCGAGGGUUGUAAUGCGAACGAAGUAACAGCGUUACUAAAUCAAUAUAUACCCGGUAUAAGACCAGAAGCUGAUAUUGGCGCUGAGUUAUCCUACCAGUUGCCGGAUAACUACUCGGCGAAAUUCGAAGAAAUGUUUAGCGAAUUGGAAACAAAGUCAGGUGACUUAAUGCUCGGCGGUUACGGUGUCGGUAUUACCUCAAUGGAGGAGGUAUUCAUGAAAGUGGGCGCAGAAAAUUCCGGCAAUGGCACAAAGAAAGAGCAAAUAGCCAUCAUGAAUGGCAGCUCCGGUUUUAAUGACGAUGACAUCGAAUCUACGAACUCCGAUAGCAUGUUUUCGGAGAACACGCGUUUACUGAAAGGCACAGAUCUUUAUCUCAAUCAAUGGCACGCAAUGCUGCUUAAGAAGUUUCUUUACACUUUUCGUAAAAAGUUUUUGUUCCUCUUACAAAAUUUGCUACCCAUAUUUUUUGUGAUCAUUACCAUCUUGAUCUCGCGAAACUCCAGUACAUUUCGCCAACUGCCUGCCAUAAAGAUUAGUUUGGCACAAUAUCCAAGAACAUAUACGGUACUCGAGACGACCAGCAACAUUGCACCGGGUUCACUGGAGCAACGCAUUGCCGCUGAGUAUAAAACCAUUGUUAACUCUUAUGGCGGCAACCACCAGUUACAACUUACAGGCGAAAGUAAUUUCACAAAAUAUAUUUUGGAUUUGGGCGAAACCGAACAAGUGCGUAUUAAUUCGCGCUAUGUGGCAGCCGCGACGGUGAACGAUAGCAAAAUUACUGCUUGGUUGAACAACCAACCGUUACACACGGCGCCGUUGACUGUGAAUCUCGUGCACAAUGCUAUGGCAAAGGUUCUUAUUGGACCAGAAGCAUCAAUAACCGUUUACAAUGCACCAUUGCCAUUUUCGCUCGAAACUAAAUUGGCGCAAUUGAACGCUGGCACAAAUGUGGGCACUCAGUUGGCUACCAAUGUUGGCUUCUGCAUGUGCUUUGUAAGCGCUUUCUAUAUACUUUUCCUGAUUAAGGAGCGUGAGACGCGUUCAAAACUUUUGCAAUUUGUGGGUGGCGUGCGUGUGUGGACUUUCUGGCUGUCACAGAUGCUCUGGGACAUGGCCACUUAUGCUAUAACUGCUUUAACAGUGGUUAUAACGUUGGCUUGUUUCCAAGAGGAGGGCUUUGCAUACUUCUCCGAUCUAAUUCGCUAUUACUUCCUGCUAAUAAUGUUCGGGUUCUCCGUUCUACCUUUUACCUAUUUGCUUUCAUUCUUAUUCAGUGAGCCAGCCACCGGAUUUUCUCGCGCUUCAACCAUCAAUAUAUUUGCAGGUGUUGCACUUUUCAUAGUUGUUGUAAUAAUGUCAUAUGAUGUCUUUGAUACCAAGGAUGUUGCGGAUGGUUUGCAGUGGUUCUUCAGAAUAUUCCCACACUUUUCACUUGCAAUGGGCUGGAAUAAUUUAUAUGUUAAUUGGGCUACACGUAAUACCUGCAAUAGCGAGGUGUUGCAAGUGUUGCCCGAUAAACUGCGUUGCGCUCUUAUACCCAAGUGUUGUACCACAACACCUUAUUUUGCAUACGCGGAACCUGGUAUUCUGCUGGAAAUUGUAUAUCUGGCCGCCACUACGGUGGUAUUCUUCCUAAUUAUCAUUUCACGCGAAUAUGGCAUAAUUGAUGAGCUCAUAUACAUGAUCAGAAAGAGAGCUUUUAAACCACCACCGCCGCCCGAGGACGGUUACUUUGAUGAUGAUGUUGACAACGAGAAGAAUCGCAUACAGAAAAUGUCCACCGAUACAUUGGCUAGUCAAAAUUUGGUGCUUGAUGGUGUCACUAAAUAUUACGGCAACUUUCUGGCGGUCAACCAGGUCUCACUAUGUGUCCAACAAAACGAGUGCUUUGGGCUGUUGGGUGUUAACGGCGCCGGCAAGACAACGACAUUUAAAAUGAUGACUGGCGACGAACGCAUCACUUACGGUUCGGCUUAUAUAAAGGGCAUGUCGUUGGAAUCCGAGAUGAAUCAAAUUUAUCAAGAUAUUGGUUACUGUCCACAAUUCGAUGCUUUACUAGACGAUCUAACCGGCCGUGAGACGUUGUACAUCUUUUGUCUAUUACGUGGCGUACGUCGGGCGCGUAUAAAUCGUAUAAUUGAAGAUCUGGCAAAGUCAUUCGGUUUCAAGAAGCAUUUGGACAAACCGACAAUGACUUAUAGCGGUGGCAAUAAACGAAAAUUGAGUACAGCGAUUGCCGUAAUAGGUAGUCCCAGCGUGAUAUAUCUCGAUGAACCAACAACCGGCAUGGAUCCAGCAGCUAGACGUCAACUUUGGAAUAUGGUUUGCCGCAUACGUGAUUCAGGCAAAUCGAUAGUGCUGACAUCACAUAGUAUGGAGGAGUGUGAGGCUUUGUGUACGCGACUGGCAAUCAUGGUGAAUGGCGAGUUCAAAUGUAUUGGCUCAACGCAGCAUUUGAAGAAUAAAUUUUCUAAGGGUUUGAUCCUGAAGAUCAAAGUGCGACGCGCACCAGAACAGUUCAGACCGUCUUUAAGAAGUUCAAGAAGUGGUCGCGGAGACCUUUCACCCACCCAUAUGAAGAUGCAACAGGACAUUAUCUCGGUGAAGGAGUUUGUUGAGCGCAUGUUCCCGCAGGCCAUAUUACAAGAGGAAUACCAGGGCAUACUCACAUUCUACAUUCCGCUCUCAAGUAUUAAGUGGUCAAGCAUAUUCGGUCUAAUGGAAAAGAAUCGCGAUUUUCUCAACAUCGAGGACUACUCCAUUAGCCAGACAACGCUGGAAGAGAUAUUUUUGGAGUUUGCGAAGUAUCAGCGUGAAGAUCCACGCACGCUUAACAUUAAGAAAAAGCGCUGUGCUUGGUGGCAAUCAAUGCGGAAUUGCAUUGCGGGAGUUGAUUCGCAUAAAAACGAAUACCGACUGCAGGCAUCGGAGCGUGAGCUGAAUGACUUAACGAAGGGACAGUUCAGAAACAACGGAGUUGCAGUAUAAAUUUACAUACAUAUGUAUAUGUGUAUGCAAUAUUUAAGUUUAAACACACUAAGUAGGACUCUAGAUUUAAACGAAAAGGUUUUGUGAUGUGCAAAAAUGUUAACCGAAGAGCUUUAGUAUGCUUAGGAGGAAAAGAGUUGCAGUCAAGCGCCAAAAAGUUUUGUAAGUGUUGGCUUCAACAAAUACACAAACAACUAAAUUUACUAAACAUUUAAUGAAAAGUCAAUGUGCCUAUAUAUACAUAAACGCAUAUAAUUAUUUAUGUAUGUAUUUUACUAUUUAAAAAAAGAACAUAUUUAUAUUUGCUUAAAUAUACUCAUGUGUGUAUAUAUGCAUAAAUGUAACGAAAAGCCACAAAUAUGUAGGUGCAUAUGUCUUUUUGACGCAAACUCGCUUUACUAGCAUAAGUAUAUAUGUAUAUAUGUUUUACUUAUAUAAGGUGUGCGCGCGCAAAAAAAUAUUUAGCCACUAACAUUUUACUUGCGCAUAGCACUUUCGGAAAGUAAAUAGCUAGUUUGAUUAACUUUAAUUUAUAAAACAGGCAUUACUGUACUAAAGAUUUGUUUAAGACGAUUAUUCAAAACUAAAAGAAUAACUUUUAAGUAAGUAUCUCAAAAACUUUUUAAUGAAAAUUUAGUAUUUUACAUUAAUUUAUGAAAAUGUAUAACAAAUGAAACGAUCCACGAACGAAAUGCACACGUUUUAGUUUUACUUGUAGUUGGAAAAGUAUUAUAAAAUAUUUUGGCACUAGUUUCUUAACAUAUUCAUAUUAAGAUAAGCCUACAGAAAUAAUAAAAAUAUUGCAAACCUAAAGAAAUAUGAAGAAACAAUAUAAUUUAAUAAAUAUGCGAUAUUUGUAUAAAUGUGCAGUAAGCUUUGAAUGUGCAAUGUAAAAGCUAUGAUUUUACAUGAAUAUUUAUUGUUUUGAAAAAUGUUUUUACAAAAUACCUGAAGCCAGUAAUUGAUGGUACUCUUUAACGACAACCUUUUACCCAACAAUUUACACCAAAAACAAUUAUUGAAAUAAAUGUGUGAUGUUGCUAUUUAUUCUAAUAAAGUUAUGAUUUGCUAAUUUUAGCAUUGAUACAA